CACCACUAUUUUCUUCUCCAUUCAGCGGCCGCUCCCUCCAAAAAGAAAAAAACUCGUUGUCGCUACCGUCGCCGCCGUCGUUUGUCUUUCCUUCUCCCUUCUUCUCCUUUCACCCCUUGUUUUUUCUUCUGUCGACGUUGCGGAAACUACCGCCGUCGGUAAAGCCAGUCUGUCGGCGGCGACCUUGACCUCCCCUUUCCCGCCAUUCAUUUGUUCGAGCUUCAUUUGCACAUCAUUUUCCAUUCAAGUUUCAGAAAUUCAAGAGGUUUCGUGGGUUUUGAAUUCCUUUUACCAGCAGUGUAAUCUAACUUGAUCCUGUCCUUCCCCUCCCUUGAAUAUGAAGGAAGCAGGGUUGAAACUAUUAUCAUUUCCACCGGAUAGCCCUCCACUUUCCAUCAUCUCCGCCGCUAAGAUUGCGGGAAUUGAUUUACCUAUUCAGACUUCAUCCUCUGCGUCUUCACCCACUUUGUCUUUCUCUAAUGGGCUCAAGUUGCAUGGAAAUUAUGUAAUUCUUCGUUAUAUUGGUCGUCUGGCUCCCAUUCCUAAUUUCUAUGGUGACAAUGCUUUCCAUGCUGCCCAAAUUGAUGAGUGGCUGGAGUACACUCCUACCAUUUCGUGUGGUUCAGAAUUUGAGAAUGCUUGUGGAUACAUGGAGGUAUAUUUGGAGAAACGUACCUUUUUCGUUUCUCAUUAUUUCUCCAUUGCUGACAUAGCUAUAUGGUCAGGUCUUGCUGGAACUGGGCAGAGAUGGGAAAGCAUAAGGAAGUCGAACAAGUACCCAAACCUUGUUCGUUGGUACAAUUCUAUUUCUGCAGAAUACAGCAAUCCCUUGAUGGAAGUUACCGCUUUGUAUGUUGGCAAAAAAGGAUUGGGAAAACCAGUGGCAGCUAAAUCGAAAGAGGUAAAGAAUGUGACCGGGGAUAGUUCUGAUAAGGCUAAAGCCGGUAGCCGGUCUUCCUCCGAAAUAGAUCUUCCUGAUGCUGAGAUGGGAAAGGUGUGGUUGAGAUUUGCUCCUGAACCGAGCGGUUUUCUUCAUAUAGGGCACGCUAAAGCAGCUCUGUUAAAUCAAUACUUUGCUCAAAGGUACCACGGUGAAGUAAUCUUGCGCUUUGAUGAUACAAAUCCCACAAAAGAAAGCAACGAGUUUGUAGAAAAUCUUAUAAAAGAUGUUGAGACAUUGGGUAUCAAGUAUCAAAAGAUCACCUAUACUUCAGAUUACUUUUCAAAGUUAAUGGCUUUGGCUGAAAAGUUGAUAAAAGAGGGGAAAGCCUAUGUGGAUGAUACCCCACGUGAGCAAAUGCAGAAAGAAAGGAUGGAUGGUAUUGAAUCAAAAUGUAGGAGCAACAGCGUUGAGGAAAAUCUGAAGUUGUGGAAGGAAAUGAUUGCUGGCUCUGAAAGGGGAUUGCAAUGCUGCCUUCGUGGGAAGUUAGAUAUGCAAGACCCAAAUAAAUCUCUUAGGGAUCCCGUGUACUACCGCUGCAAUCCAGUUCCCCACCAUCGAAUUGGAUCCAAGUACAAAAUAUACCCAACUUAUGAUUUUGCUUGUCCGUUUGUUGAUGCUGAAGAAGGUAUAACACAUGCACUCCGAUCUAGUGAGUAUCAUGAUCGCAAUGCUCAAUACCAUAGGAUUCAAGAGGAUAUGGGAAUGCGAAAGGUACAUAUAUAUGAGUUUAGUCGAUUGAACAUGGUCUAUACACUUCUCAGCAAGCGUAAACUACUCUGGUUUGUGCAAAACGGUAAAGUAGACGGAUGGGAUGAUCCCCGUUUCCCAACUGUCCAAGGAAUUGUUCGCCGAGGUCUGAAAAUAGAGGCCUUGAUUCAAUUCAUCUUGGAACAAGGGGCAUCCAAAAAUCUCAAUCUUAUGGAAUGGGACAAACUUUGGACCCUUAAUAAGAAGAUCAUUGAUCCUGUUUGUCCUAGGCAUACAGCAGUGAUUGAAGAACGACGUUUGUUAUUGACCUUAACUAAUGGUCCUGAUAAGCCAUUUGUUCGCAUUAUCCCUAGGCAUAAGAAAUAUGAUGGUGCUGGAGAGAAGGCAACUACAUACACAAAGAGGAUAUGGUUAGACUAUGCUGAUGCAGAGUGCAUCUCAGUGGAUGAGGAGGUAACCUUAAUGGAUUGGGGAAAUGCCAUCGUGAAAGAAAUCAUUAAGGAUCAGGAUGGAAACAUAACCCAGUUAGUAGGAGUUUUGCAUCUUGAAGGAUCUGUCAAGACAACAAAGUUGAAGCUCACGUGGCUAGCAGAAACAAAUGAACUGGUUAACCUUUCCUUGGUGGAGUUUGACUAUCUAAUAACAAAGAAGAAGCUGGAAGAAGGAGAGGAUUUCCUAGAUGCACUAAACCCAUGUACGAAAAAGGAGAUCGCAGCCAUCGGAGAUUCCAACAUGCACAAUUUAAAGCAAGGAGAGAUAUUGCAGCUGGAGAGGAAAGGCUACUACAGAUGUGAUGUGCCCUUUACUAGACCUUUAAAGCCUGUGGUUUUGUUUGCAAUUCCUGAUGGCAGGCAGCAAAGUGUGAUGAAGUAAGCAUUUUACACUAUCUUUCAUUUUGAUCCUUAAAGUGACUCCAAUAGAAGAUUUGAGCCCUUGCUAUUCUCUCCACAUUUUUGGCUAACAUUUAGAUUGUUCUUGUUUUAUACUGUCAUCAUGAACAAAAAAGUGUGUUCUGAGUAAUAAUAUUACAUGACACUUCCCUUUUCA